CGUGUGCACUGAUGGAGCGAGCCAGCGGCGGUUUACCUGUUCAGAGUGAACGAGAGCGGCACCGGAGCAGCAACCGGCACCGGAGCAGCAACCGGCACCUUCUCGGUACUUUCUUUAACCGACGUUAAGUUUUAAAGUAACGGAUGGACAGCCCGCAGCGGACCGGCUGCCUCGCGCCGGGGCGGAGGUCAACGUCUUAAAGACUUUACCAACCGCCGGUACCGACGUCAUGGCCCGGACCGGCUCCGGUACCCUCCUCUCCCGCCCAAACAUCAAACUGGACUCGUUCCUGAAGCGGAACACGGAGCGGACGGUGUACGAGCGGAUCCGAGCCUACGAGCCGUGCGUGGUGAUUUCAGAGACCGUUAAUAAGGUCUACAUGCACGUGGUGCUGAGCGACGAGCGCGUGUACCUGACGGAGUACCCGCCGCGCACGCUCACUACAGCCUGCUGCUUCAGGCGCGUGCGCGACAUCGAGCUGGUCAACGACCUCCCAGAUUUCCUCCGUGGGAAGGACCGGGAGCUCUGCCAGCACAUACGGAUCACCUACGUCACCGAAAAGCCUGCCAGGAAGGGCCGUCAUUGGCUGAGUAGAGACCAGAGGGCGGGACUUCCUCCUGCAGCCCCGCCCUCUCGCAGAACCAGCCUCUGCCCAACAGUAACGCACACCUUAGAAGGAUAUCCUGCACAGAGGACCCACAGUGAAAGGGGGACGGAGGAGGUUCACAUGUCAGCCCCCACACGUUCUGCCUCCUGUCCAGAUUCAGAGACCCUGGGCCUCCCGGGAGUCCUGCAACCUCCCAGCCAGCCUCCCUCCACCCCGCUCUCUCUCUACUCACCCACCAGCUCCCCCACCUCACCCCUGUCACCCUCGGAUCAAAGACUGAACAUCUCAGAGUCAGGCCAGCUGCCGAGGAGGAUCGGUUCAGUUCUGUCUCGCCUGUUGAGAAGAGACUGCGAGAGCGGCGGGGAGGAGAGGGAGGCCGAGCUGCACCUGUACGCCGUUUCACAUACGUCCAGACUUUACCUCCACCUACAGAGCUCAUGGAACAGUUUCAUUAUUAGGUCCACGCUGCUGUUGGAUCCGCUCUACAGAGGAAAGUGCAGAGCUUCGUCUGACUCUCCUCCUGUAAAUCAGCUUUCUGCCAUCAGCUGGGAGCGGACAGCUCACCUGUACGGUCAGCUGAGCUCUGAGCUCCUGCAGGAGGAGCUCAGUGUGGAGAGUCUGUACCUGCUGCUUCAGGAGCUGAGGACGGCGGCUCACCGUAACGUUGCACUGCGCAGACUCUUCUGGAAGUCCAGUGAGGUGUGUGUCUUCCUGGUUCAGACUCUGGAGGAAUCUCUCCACGGCUGUCAGAGCCUCAGUGGCGUUCACACAGCAGAUCAACUCCUACUGAGCUCUCUGAUCGUGCAGACACUCGCCAUCAUGUUCAGAGAGACGGAGGUGGAACCGGCCAGACUCAGCCUGCUCUCUGCCAAAAAAGGCGCCCUGGCCUCCAGAAUGCUGCUGGCCUUGAUCUGUGAUCCAGAGCUUCAAACCCAGAACCAGAGCUCUCUGACUGACUGUGAGGCCUUACUAGCUGAGUAUCUGGACGCUGCCGGCUCUCUGCUGUUCGAGCUGCUGCUGUUAGGCUACGAGGCCAGCAGAUGUUCCUCUGCUGACAACUUCCUGUCUGUUGGAUGGAUCCUCCGAGUCCUGCAGCCUCAUCCUCACCUGACGUCCUUCAUCGAUUACCAGGCUCAGCAGGUGGUGCUGGUUUUGUCGGACCUGCAGGAGUCGUUUCUGAGUCCGGCUCAGUCAGUUCUGCUCUUCCAGCGCUGUCGCCUCCUGCUGGCCUGCCUGCAGUACAACAACCAGCUGGCACAGCACCUCCGGUCCCACUUUAGAGAGGAGUUCAGGUACUUUGUGAAGCUGUCGUGUGCCGAGGAGAAGCUGCCGCCGCACUACCCGAUCAGCCAGCCCACUCUCCGGCUGAUGGAGCGGAUCUUGACUCUGCACGCUAACGCUCUGUGACAGCGUGUGCCUUUACUACAGUGAGUGACUUUGUGCUUUGAGCUGCAUGUUAUUGAACUGAGCAGUUAACUGCCACUGAUGAAACAAUCAUCCCGGCAGAACUAACAGCUUCCUACGUUGUAUAUUCUGAUUGUUAAAAACUGUACCUUUAACUCUGUGUGACACAGUGACAUGUAGAAGAACUAAAGCUAUAUAUAUAUAUAUAUAUAUAUAGUGCUAUAUAGUGCUAUAUAGUGCUUAUUCUAAUAUAUGUUAAUAAAACCGGUUCUCAGAAACAUUUUGUUGAAUGAA